UACAUUUUUAAAUUUAUUCUUUAGCAUUAUUGUCAUUAUUUUUGCAUGUCAUACAAAUAAGUCUUUUUACUGAGUUUUCUUUCGGUAUUUAGUUUAAGAUGUCAAUCAAAAGCAAAAUUAUAAUAUUUGCUUUUAUCAUCGUAUUUACAGAAGCAUUGAAUAAUUUUACAAAAAAGUAUUUAAAUAGAUCGAAUAGUAAAAUAGACAUGUUCAGAUGUAGGAAUUGCCAAAUAAAUGAGGAAAAUACAAUUUUAGACAUCUGUGGUCAUAGAUAUUGUAAUAUUUGUGUCAAAGCAAAAUUUCGCAAUCAUACAAGCUUUCAUUGCUCUAGAUGUGGAAACAAUGCUGAAGCAGCCAGUAUCGUUGACAAUAAAAGUGAAAGAAUAGUUAAAGACUGUAAAAAUAUACAACCGAGCGUAAAACUUCUACCCUGCAAUCACAUAUUUUGUAAUGAGUGUGCAAUGCAAAUGCAGAAUAAGUGUCGACAAUGUGAACAAAACUUUACAGAUACAGUAUAUGUGAAAAAUUAAAUUAAAUACAUUUAUAAACAUUUAUUUACACUGUGUUUGCUUUAUAAAAUAAAACAAUCAAAACAAA